AUGCCUAAAAUGGCGAAGUCACAACACUCUGUCUGUCUGUCUGUCGCUCUGUUCAUAUCUAUCUAUCUAUCUAUCUAUCUAUCUAUCUAUCUAUCUAUCUAUCUAUCUAUCUAUCUGUGCCUGUCUGUUCAUAUCUAUCUAUCUGUCCGUGGUUAUAUUCCGUUACAACAGUCUGUCUAUUUCUUCAUAUCUAUCUAUCUAUCUAUCUAUCUAUCUAUCUAUCUAUCUAUCUAUCUAUCUAUUUGUGUGCCUGCCUGUUCAUAUAUAUCUAUCUGUCUGUGUUAUAUUCCCCUUUCUCUUUCUUUGUUGAUUCUUUAUCUUUCUUAUAACCUUGGUUGGCAAACAGUCUAUAACGGAAAGAAUCGACUACCGACUGCAGUAUACUUCUACUCCGUCAGCGUUUUUUUUCCUUUUCCUUUUCUUGGUUGUUCUCAUUAUAUUUGUGUUUUUCCUUUCAUUUUUUUCUUCUUUACUCUUUUCCUUCUCUUUUGUUUUCCAUAUUAUUUCUUUAUCUUUUCUCUUCUUUUCUUUGUCUUGUUCGUCUUGAUAUAUUUCGUCUUUUGUUUAACUGUCUUCUUCUUCUUCUUCUUUUAUCACGCUUUUUUCAUUUCUUCUUCUUCUUCUUCUUCUUCUUCUUCUUCUUUUACGCUUUAUCUUCCUUCUUCUACGUCUCUUCCACCUGUUUUCUUUUUUCUUCUAAUUCUUCUUCCCCUAUUCUUCUUCUUCUUACAUCUCUUCUUUUUCAUCUUCUUCUUCUUCUUCUUCUUCUUCUUCUUCUUCUUCUUUUCUCAUCUAUUCUUUUCUCAUUCUUCUACUUCUUCUUCUUCUUCUUCUUCUUCUUUUCUCAUCUAUUCUUUUCUCAUUCUUCUACUUCUUCUUCUUCUUCUUCUUCUUCUUCUUCUGUUCUUCUUCUUUUCUCAUCUAUUCUUUUCUCAUUCUUCUACUUCUCCUCCUUCUCCUCCUCCUUCCAUCUAUUAUCUUAUUCUUCUUUUCUCAUCUAUUCUUUUCUCAUUCUUCUUCUUCUCCUCCUUCCCCUCCUCCUUCCCCUCCUCCUUCCAUCUAUUAUCUUAUUCUUCUUUUCUCAUCCAUUCUUUUCUCAUUCUUCUUCUUCUCCUCCUUCUCCUCCUCCUUCCAUCUAUUAUCUUAUUCUUCUUUUCUCAUCCAUUCUUUUCUCAUUCUUCUUCUUCUCCUCCUUCUCCUCCUCCUUCCAUCUAUUAUCUUAUUCUUCUUUUCUAA